AGUGAACGCAGCCUAGUGAUCACCAUGCCCCUCUGCGCGCCGGACCAGCGGCACAUGCACCUCCAAACAGUUUUUCUUGUGAUUUUUAAGGGAGAUUUUAUUUAGAGGCGGCGCUUGUUGGCUCCGGAGUAAUAGCGUCGUAGGCUGGUAACGACACUUUUUUUUUUUUUAAACCUCACCUCACCACCCCCCUAGUCCCUCUUGAAAGAGUUUGACCGGGGCCAGAGUUGCUUGGUACAGGGGGGGUCCCUCAUUUAGCUCCAAACAAACCUGGAGGGGGUCGUUUUCUAAAGACAUAUUUUAAUUUUUUUUAUUUUUUAUUUUAUUCUUUUGUUUUUAUUCUAUUCGUAAGAUCCGAAAAGCCUUUUGAGAUUUUACCCCCUUCAGUUCUUCAGAUCAUGAACAAACUAUACGUUGGGAAUCUAAGUCCUUCGGUCACAGUCGAGGACUUGGAGCAGCUCUUCGGGGAGAGGAAGCUGCCAGCGCCCGAGCAGGUCCUGUUGAAAUCCGGCUAUGCUUUUGUGGACUUCCCCGAUCAGAACUCGGCCAUAAAGGCUAUAGACACUCUCUCUGGUAAAGUUGAAUUGCACGGAAAGCUGAUAGAGGUAGACUACUCUGUUCCCAAAAAGCUAAGGAAGACAGAGGAAACGACUUCCAAGGACAAGACUAACGCAGCCUUGUGUGGCUCUCCCACUGUCGAGGGUUACAUGUGUGGCUUCUCCUACAUGGGGUGAAAUGAGUGCCGCUGGUAGAGGGCAGCAUUUCUUCUCCCACGGCUCAA